UGUCUAGUGCACCGGACGGACGUGAUAUUGUAGUUAUCUAGUGAAGCCUAUCGUUCGAAUUUUCAAGCAAAAGAGGGGGGCUUUUGUCAUUCUUUUCACUGUGCACAACAAGCAAAUGAAGAAUUCGGAUUAAGAGGAAAAAGGACUUUUUGGAGGAUAUUUUUAUUGCUGUUCAAGGGUGUGAUACAGCGGAUAUCGUCAUGGAUAAGGGACCCAAACCGCCUGGAUGUCAACUGUACGACCAACACCUCUUCGAAAUUCAAUACGAGCGCGAAGACGUCCAGAAGAAAACUUUUGGGAAGUGGAUCAAUUCACAGUUGAUCAAAAUAAAUUUUUCAUUGGUGACGGAUUUGUUUUACGAUCUCCGUGAUGGAACACGACUAUUGGCCUUACUGAGCGUCUUAACUGGCCGCACUUACAAACCGGAAAAAGGGCAUAUGAGAGUCCACCAUUUAAACAAUGUCAGCUCCGCAUUUCGAUUGUUAGAUAAGCACAGCGUAAAGUUGGUCAAUAUCAGCUCCAACGACAUUGUCGACGGCAAUCCAAAAUUAACUUUAGGGCUGGUCUGGAGCAUCAUUCUACACUGGCAGGUACAAGACGUCUUGAAAGGAAGCAUGGCCGAGCUACAGCAGUCGAGUUUGGAAAAGACCUUGCUGAGCUGGUGUCAGGAAGCUGCGAAGGACUACGCUGAGAUCGCCAUAACCAAUUUUACAACUUCGUGGUCAGACGGGUUAGCCUUUAUUGCCUUGAUUCAUCGAUUCCGUCCAGAUCUUUUUGAUUAUGAAAUAGUCAGCCGAAAACCGGCAAACGCACGGCUUGAAUACGCUUUUCGCAUGGCCAACAAGCACUUAGAAAUAGCGCGUUUGUUAGAUCCAGAAGAUGUCAACACAUCAAAUCCCGACAAGAAAUCAAUCAUGAUGUAUGUAAUGUGCCUUUAUCAAGCCUUACCUCAUGCUAAAGUCCCACUAGUUCCAUCCAAUGGCAGUAGUUCGGCAGAUACAACGACAGGGUCUUCCGGAGCUUCUGCGACAAGUUUGAAAAGCAACGAACCCGUUGAUUUUUCUGCCUAUCAAACUUUAAUGGAAGAAGUAUUAGUGUGGCUCUUGGCUGCAGAAGACCACCUAGAUUCGGCAACUACAAUUUUAGGCGAUUUGCAAAGCGUCAAGGAGCAAUUUCACAAACAUGAGGAGUUUUUACUCGAGCUAACGUCGCAACAAGGAAGUGUAGGAGCAGUCUUACAUGAAGGAGCCCGGUUAGUGAAGGAAGGUGAGCUAAGCAACGAAGAAGCCGACGAAAUUCACAUUCAAAUGCGGUUGUUGAAUUCACGAUGGGAUCAGUUAAGGACAAAGUCAAUGGAUCGACAGGCCCGUAUUCACGAAACCUUGACAAAGCUUCAACAAGAACAACUAGAAAGGUUACGACAAUGGUUGACCGCGACAGAGGAUCGCAUUUCUCAGUUGGCAGCUGUGCCUCAGCCAGAAACCUUGACUGCAGCUGAUCAAAUGCUUCAAGAUCAUCAAUCACUUCAACGGGACUUGGAAGCGCAACAAGAGCAUGUUAAUGCCUUGUCCAACAUGGUCGUUAUAGUUGACGAGUCUGUCAGUGAUAAUUGCGCUCAGAUGGAAGAUCAGCUUUCGGCCUUAGGGGAAAGGUGGAGUCAUGUCUGCAGGUGGGCUGAGCAAAGGGCAUCGGCUCUUCAGCAAUUGUCAAUCCAUUGGGAGCAGUUGACUGCAGAUUUAACACGUCUCAAAUGCUGGCUGGCUUCGCACGAGCAUUCACUGAGGCUCAUUGAAACAAACCCUAGUACUGAUCGAAGCCAAAUGAUUGAUGUUGCACGCCAGCUUCAGUUAUUGGAACGUGAUAUGGAGCCUCAUGUUCAGCGCCUGAGCCAAUUACAAGAGAACAUUCUGAGGCUUCCUACGUUGAUACAUGCCGUUACUGUCAAGGAAAACAGCAAAAAGAGUCAACCGGUUGGAAAUUUUAAGUGUGUCGAUCGUCUGUUGUCUGACGUCGAAAACUUUGAAGAUAGAAUGGAAGCGCUUAACGAAAUUAUGGAAGCGCAGAGACAAAGACUGGCCAAGAGCGGUUUGGAUUUGACCAUGGUUGUCCUACCACCUGACAUUACCACUUCUUUAACAGCUUUUGGAAGUAAUGACGCGAUAAACAGCACCGUGAGAUCCGACGAGGAGACCACAUCAAUCAAGAAGCGCAAGUUAGAUAAUGACAGACAUUUAUCAUUCGAAGCAGCUAUUCACGCAGCAAAGCAGCAUUUAGAACAAAUGGAAAUUCUGCUCGAAGAGGAUUCGAACCCGGAUGACCUUACGAAGCGACAUGUCGAGAAUAAAACCUUACUAGAUCAAGCACUUAAAUCUGGUCACAUCCUUCUCGAUGAGUUGCAAAAUGAAGCCAGUGAAAGUUUUGCUGUGGAAGACACGAUGAGUUCUAUAACCGAGCGGUGGCUGCUUGUCGAGGAGUUGCUGACCCAGAAAGGCGCCAACCAACAAGACGUUGAGCGGUUACUCAGGGCCAAGCACUGUGAAAAGGAACUUGACAAUACUCUCAGCACCGUGAACAAGCUUAGUAACGUGGAAGAGCGGAAUGAAGAAACGUUAUCUAAAUUUCAAGCAAUGCUUCAAAUGGUUACUGAUCAGAUAAACAAUCUCACAUCACGUGGCAGUGAAAGUUGUGAGGAACUAGAAACUGCCGUGGAAUCCUUAAAAUGCAAAAUUUGUAAUUUGGAGUCGAGGAUAACCGAAUUUGAAAAAGAUGUUGUGCUGUAUAGACAGCUCAAGGAUGAAAGUCAAAGCCUAGACAAAUGGAUGGCUGAAGUUAACAAUUUUCUUACCGCCGAAGAUGUAGGAUGGGGAGAUGUCGAAGUCCUCGAGGCUCAGCUUGAACAGUCUAACGCUUUACAAGAUGAUGUAAAGACCUUAGAGCCUAGCGUUGUUAACAUCAAGCACGUCAUAACGUUACUGGCCCCUAAAGUGGACGAAGAUUUGCUGGCUGAAAUGAACGAAAUCAACGAGAGGCUUGCCACUACAUGGAUAACAGUUAUUGCUGGCGCAUUGCAAAAGAACGGCGUUUUGACUACAGCUUUGAGCUUAACGCGGCAGACGGUGGAUGGCAUCCAAUCAACUAAUACCUGGUUAAGCGAGCUGGAACUCGAAAUUCCACCACCUGCUGUGAUCAACUCGACGUCCGAAUUGUCACAGACGCUACGAAAGCUGAACGCUUUGAAAAAUCGCGUCGAUUUGAAAACAAAUGAAUACAAGAGCUUCAUUGAAGCAGGGAAUGCGGUUGUGGCCCAUCCUCUUGUCGGUGAGGAAAUGAAGGAUAAUUUCCGCCUGCUCAGUCAGAGAUGGAACGAUGUCUCUGGUGGUGUUGUAGAGCGGCAACGAGCAUUAAAAGCUGCUUCUCAUCAUUAUGGGGAAUUUAAAGUAUUGACUGCACAGGAGUGCGAUUGGCAAGAUAAGUUGGAGAAGAAACUGAUGCGUUCGACCACAUUGGCCGCAGAUGCCGAAGAGAUAUCGGAAGAAUUGGAUGAUUUGGAAAACUACAUGAAGAAUCGACCAAAAGCCCGAUUAUUGCGAAUCGAAUCGAUGGGCAACGAACUGGUCUCGCUUAACAUAAUGGCCGAAUCUGUGGGUUCCGAAGUAAAAUCUCUGGCUGAUCGUUGGGCUAUACUCGAAGAAAAGGCCAAAGAGAAAGCUGAGUGGCUGGAAAAACGCGUACGAGGGGCUCAGCAAUGCGAACAACGACUGGUUCAGUUGCAUAGUGCAAUCAACUCAAUCGAUGCCGAGCUUUGCUCAUCCCUGGAGCAGGAUCUCUAUGGAGACGAACUUCCUGAACUAAGCCAGCGGCUCAGCCAAGAUAUCGCACAGCAAGAGGCUCUCCUGUCUGAAAUUCGCCAUGAAGAAGAAGACUACCAAGCAGAGGGGAGGAAAGAAGCUGCAAAUCGUCUUCACGAACAGCUCUCUUUCAUUGAGGCUACGCUGCAAGACGUCAGGAAUAAGUUUCGAAAGUUUCAAAAUCCAUCUGAAUUGGAACCGCGGCUAGAGCGUAUGCUACGGGUCUUAAGAGACCUGGAGCAAAGCAUGUGUUACAUUGAACUGGCUUCAGAUGACUGUGAGGCCAUCGAGGGACAACUAAACAACUGCAUUCGCUUUUAUGCAAGUCUUAGCGAUAUCAAAACUGAGGUUGAAGCAGUGUUGCGAGAGGGUCGCCAGCAGGUCGAAGAGGAGUUGGUGGAGGAUAAGCUCACUGUCAGUGCAGAGCUGGAUGCAAUGAAGGCGCUGUACAAUCGACUAGGGGAGCAAGUAGCUAUUGCCAGAGAGACAUUAGAAAAGGCUCUGCAGCUGAGCUAUCAACUGAACCUGGACAUCAAUGCGAUGACUGACUGGCUGAAUCAUCUAGUAUCCGAGAUUCACAAGACGGAAGAUACCUUUUCUGACGACCCAAACACCGCAGAAGAAAUCCCUUUCUACGAGAAAUGUCUUGACGAAAUGCUUAGCAACCAGUCUAAAAUGGAUAGUAUUCGUGACAAUUAUGGGUUGUUUUGCGGACUGUGUGACCCCACCUUGCUGGAAACUUUGCGUGAACGAGUAGAAGACAUCACGCAAGAAUGGCAACGUAUCGAAGAGCGUCUGAAGAACAAAAUCAGCAAUCUCAAGGGCGAGCAUAACGACGAUCACGAUGAUGUCGAAGAUGAUGGGGAGCCGUCGUCUCCACAUUUGCCGCAACAGAAUCGCAAUGGGGGCGAUGUGCCUGUCCGCAUGUACCGCAGCGUAGUGCUGACAUCUGUUCGCCAAUUCACCGACCCUGGAUCACCUACGAUGCAAAAAGCGAGCUUGGAACUUCCGGCUUCUCCAACACUUGCCGAAGACAUGGACCCGAAAGAGCUCACCAUUGAUGUAGAGAUGGAAGAAUCAGAUUCCGUCAAAGAUGAAGAGAUGGAUGGUCCCGGCAAUUUGACAUUUGUCGACACGUUGGGUUACUUUAACGCAGCUUUCGAAGACUUUGAGGAGCAAGAAAAAGAGGCAUACAUGCAGGAACGUGUGAGCUCCAGCAGAAGUGGCCUGGAAGUGAUCCGCGGCAACGUGGUCGAUUUCAACGAAGAGGACGAAGAAAUGAUGGAGUCCUCUCCAUCUUCAACGUCCGAUAGUUCCAGCGAAUCAUCUGACUCCAACAGCGUUAAAGAUUUACCAGUGGACAUAGAACUUACGAAUCCUGAAAAAUUGAAAGUUCUUCAAGUGGACGAUUCGUAUGUCGUCGAAGUAAAGGCGGGCAAUUUACCAAGUCCAGAGGUACCAAGCAUGGAAGUGUUGAACUCUAGGCCCAUCACGCCGGAUGAUUUCCUCACGCCGGAAGAAGAAGCUUGGACGUACCCCCAAAUAAGUGUUGAUGCUGAUCAACAAAUUGUUAAUACUGUCACUAAUCACGAAGAGGUGACCAUGCAAAAUCAGGUGUCAUUCGAACAAUUGGUGAUCGAACGUUUCAACUCCCAACGGCUCACAGUCGCUUCGCAGGAUCGAUGCCAUUCCCCUGUUACCACUAGCACCCCUCCACCUACCCCGGCUCUGUGUGAAAUGAACGCGUUUGACGAAACCUUUGCAAAUGAUUCACUUAAAGUUGAUGGUUUGCAACGGUUGGAAGUUCGAGUGGAGGAGGAGGAGGACAAACAGGAAGUGUUGCCUCCUUUCGAGGUAUUACAAGUCAUUGAAGUUGAUGAUAAAGCUCCGGAUGUAGAGAACGCGCAGCCCCAACUCGACGAAACUGAAGGAAGAGUGGCCCGUGAAGUUGAAGAACAAGUUGCAACUGAUUAUGAUCAAGAAAUCCAAAUAUUGAAAGAUCCUUGUACUGAAGUAGUAUUCCAUAGUUUAUCGGGAAGGAGCUCCCCUUCCGUAGAGUGUGAUGUUGUUGUCAAACCUGCAGUUAUCGAAAACGUCCCCACUAUCGAAGUGCCAGUUGUUGAAGAAGUUCUAGUUAUCGAAAAAGUCACAGUUAUUAUCGACGUCCCAGUCGCUGACGAAACUCUAGUUGUCGAAAAAGUUCCAAUCAUCGAAAAUAUUCUAAUUGUCGAAGAAGACCAGCAUCAGGGAUCGUUUCCUAUUGAAAAGGAAUCAGAAAAAGGAAACAGCGAAAAUCCAGACGAUGGAAAACUGCAAAUUAUUGAAAAUUUUGUUGAGAUCGACGUCGCUGAAGGAGACGUUGCUAAUGUGGAAGAUGUCCAGACGCGAGUAGCUGAGGACACCGUUGAGCUUAUGGUCGUUGAUGUUAGCAAGGAAGUCGUAACAGAUGACAAGCAAUUUCAAGUUUCGGAAGACACUGAUGAGAUCCAAAAUGUCGAAGAAGAAGAUGUCGUGAUCGUAGAGGAAAAUCAACUUUGCGUUUCGAAGGCAUCUAGCGAAGAAGUUAUUGCAGAUGAUGAUUUGUCGCAGAGCAGUUCGUCCUCUUCAGAGAUGAAUGAUUUAGAAGUCGAAAACGCCUCGGUUUUCAAAGAUUGUCAAUCACCGCAAUAUUCACCAUCAGUUGAGGAGAAGAUUAUAGAAACGAGCGUUCCAGUCACUCAAGACGAUCAAACCCCUCUUGCCGAAGAACUUGCUGAUAUUCCAGCUUUGUCACGUACCGUUUCGUCGUCUAGCAGCUGUUCUUCGUCGGAAAGCGAUGCCGAACAAGAAACAAUUCCAGUCGUUAAAGACGAGCAGCUUAACGUUUUGCCUUCUAUUGAGGUUACCGUCCACCAAUUUGAAAACUGUGAUGCAACUGCUGACGAUAAACAAGUUCAGCAUUUUGAAGAAACCAUUGAGAUCGAUGAAGUUGGAGAAAAGGAAGCCAAAGUCCUAACGGAUGAGCAGCCCCAUAUUGACGUGUCCUUGUCACACACGGGUUCAUCGGAAAUCAGUUCUUUAUCGCACGAAAGUGAUCACAUUCAGCAAGAAAUUUCCAGCGCUGAAAACAGCCAGAGUCGCAUUUUGAAAGACCCUGUUGAUGUUUGUAGAGAGGCAAUCGAAUCAAAUAGCGCCGAGGUUGCUGCAGUUUUGAUUGGUGAUGAGAAGGAAGUGAUUGUUCUGAAUCGGCCACUCGAUCAAAAUCUACCGCACGAAACGGACCUAAUUUCGGUCAAGGCAGGAAGCGUCCAAUUGACUGGAAACGAGGCGCGAGGAGAGGAUGCGAACGAUCCCACGCAGCGAGCGUUGUCGGUCAGCACUAUCAGGCCGUCCCGUAAAGUCUCGCGUGACGAAGGGACUCAGACGGACUUUUGCGGUUACACUGGCCGCUUGCAUGUUUCUACUCCCGUCCAACCGGCUGAAAGCACGUCGAUAAUUCAAACCCAAACAAUCCCAUUGCAGGUGGAAGAAAUGGCGACGGAGACGGCCGGCGCGCAUCAAGAUCCAUCGGUGGCUUUGCAGGAAAUCGACGCCGAUUUAAAUCGAUUAGUGGCGUCGAUGGAAGCCGCCGAACAAGUGUGCUCUGAUGCUGGCGAUGUUUUUGCUGCCGUUGCGACCGUUUCCGAAUCGAAGGGCAGCGAGGAUGUCGACAGUUUCUACGGUAGCGACAAGGAGGUGGAUAGUGAAGUGGUUUUUUCCCAUACCGAUUCGUCAUCGAGCAGCUCUUCCUCGUCAGAAAGUGACGUUGAACCGGAAACCACUCAGAAGCAGGAAAUUGAAGCGUCUUCUCCCAAAGACGUACAGGAAUCUGCACUGGACCGUGAAAUUGCCGAAUUCAAUGCGGAAGUGAAACUAAUGUCGCAAAGGAUUGAUGAAGUUAGUGCCAAGUUCUCGCCAUCUUCGCCUAUUGAUCUCGAGAGUGCCGAAAUGGAGUUGUCGCUGCUGGACCCAGACGUUGCGACGCUCAUCAGUCGCGGCGAUAGCCUAGUCCUUCAAGUGCAGAAAGUGGAUUUGGAACGUGCCCUACGUAUCAAUACGACGACGGGUGAAUUGCGUGCGGCCCGCACUUCGCUCAAAGCCAGCAGCGAGGUGCGACGUCAACGUCAGGUGGAGCAAGAGCUGACCCUCAAGGACUGCCAAAAGAAGACGGAACAGCUGCAACUCUGGCUGGCCAACAUCGCCCAAACGUUGGAUCACGUGACGCGCAUCAACGAUCAGUCUCAGAUCGAGUCGUUGGAAGAAGAGCUCAACCGACGGCAGAGUGAUAUCCGCCAACUGACAGAAGCGGCCGGAAAGUUGAAAGAGCAGCAAGUGCUGGAAUACCAGGCGCUGAUCAGCUCGUUGACGAUACGCUGGCAGGAUUUACAACGGCAAUUCGUCGACUUCCAAACAAAGGAAACGUCCGCGCUCGCAGCGGACCUCUCCGACGACAUGGGUGGGCCGGAUUUCGUGACCCGCGUCAACAAACUCCGCGAAGCCAUCGCUUCCGUCUCGCGUCAAAUGCACAGUCCGCCUCUCAAUUUGAAGCACUACGAGCAGCUUUGCGGUCAAGAAGACGCAAUCAAAAUCGUUAAAUCGGCGCUUUACACGCUCAAGGGCGAUGUCGAUACGUACAAUCGCGAGAAAAACGAUGCCGUCGAAGCGGCCGAUGCCGUACAGCAAAAAGAGCAAAUCCAACGCGUUUUAGACAAGCUGAGAGAGGAAUGGACGUUAUUGAAUCGCACAUUCGCCGAAAAGCAAGUUCGAGUGCAUCAAUCGCAGACAACGUGGCGCAAUCUGCACGCCGACAUGAAGGACUUUGACGAUUGGCUAACCGGAGCAGAAGCCUCACUGGUUAACCUCCAAAGCGAGAGCCAUAAUCGAUCGGAAAGGAAAGAAAAAUUGAAAGAGCUGGAAUCGCAAGUGACCGCACGCCACAAAGUGAUGAGCAACAUAACGUCCACGUGCCGCGAGGUUGCCGGCGAAUGCAGCACCGCCGACGCCGUCCUGCUGCGGGAAAAGCAGGAUACGCUCGGCAAGAGGUGGAGGUCACUCCUGUCCGGAUUGGCUGCCGUUCGGCAGCGCUUGACUUCGCUGGACGGAAGCCCGUUACCCGUUGCCAAAUUGACUCCAUUAGUCAUGUCACCUACAAGAAAAGAUGAGACCAACGGUUCGGAAUCGGAUCUGACAGUCCACGGUACGAAAGAGACCCCACCGACGACUCCCAGCACCAUCGUCGCCAGUUUGGACAAGUCGAUCUUGCAGAUCCGCGAUUGGCUUACAGUGCUCGAAACGAUGCUGAAACAGCAAGUGGCCAUAGUAGGCGAUAGCGACGACGUUCUUCAGCUACUAGAGAAACAAAAGAAUGUCUUACGCGAACUAGAGCAAAAGAAACCACAGUUGGAUGAACUCGUCCAGACGGCUGAAAGUAUUAAGGAUGGAGGACCGCCCAUCGGUGGGAAACAGUUGCCGGCGCAAGACAUGACGUCACUCCCACCACUGCUCUACCACCUGAGGACUUGCUUACGAGUGAGCAAACUACGAGAGCAUUGGGAAGAAACAGCCACUGCCGUUACAUCUAGACGCAAUCAGCUGGAAGAAUUGCUGACAGAUUCUCAUCAAUUCGAGAGGCGGAAACAAGACGUGGACCAAUGGCUGGGCCGAAUGGAAAAUCGACUUUCAAAAUUAGCGCCUGUUGCCGGCACUGCCGAUUUAAUUGAUACCCAACAUCGAGAGCAAAAGGUCCUUCACAACGAGAUCCAGCAAUACAAGAGUCAAGUAGAGCAAUUGACUCAAUUGUCAGACAAGCUGGUAGCGAGCUACCCACACGAUGACACUAGCCGGGCUGUCCGCACCAAUGAAAACCUCUCUCAGCGCUAUUCAGUUCUUCAUACGGGCGUGAAUGCAAGAGGACGGGCUCUGAAUGCAGCCAUGAGUUCACUGCACAGUUUCGACCGAUCAUUGGACAAGUUUAUGGCUUGGCUAUCGGAUACGGAAUCAGCACUGGAGUCGCUCGAGCUCGAGCUAGACAGCUACGGCCCUGGCGUCAAAACAUCUCGCGAACGCGUCCUGAUUCAGCUCAAGGAAUUGUCUGUGGAACUGGACGGACGGCGUGACGAACAAGCCGGAUUGGCCGGGGCUGGUCAGCGCUUGAUCAACACUCUGAGCGAUGACGAUUACCGCAACAACGGACAGAGACAACAACAACAACAGCAACAACAACAGGCCAAUAACGACGAUGCGCUCAUGCUGAGACAACGUUUAGACGACAUGAACCGUAGGUGGCACGGACUGAGAGCCAAAACAGUGGCCAUCAGGAAUCGGCUGGAAAACAACACGGAACAUUGGAACGCGUUGCUGUUGUCGCUUCGCGAACUCAUCGAGUGGGUCAUCCGCAAAGACACGGAAUUGACCGGACUGGGGCCCAUUCGCGGUGAUUUAUCAACGCUGGUUAAGCAACAAGAUGAUUUCAGAGCGUUUCGAAGACAGCUGGAUGAUAAACGACCUUUGAUCGAGCAGAGCAUCUUAACCGGCAGACAGCUUGUAGCCAAUGAAGCGCCACUCUCCGACGCCAGCGAUUCGGAAGUCGCCAACCGGGACCUGCUGCCCGGUGAUUCGCGGGGUUACCGCAGCGCCGAAGAGGCAGCACGCGAAUUGACACAAGGCAUCCGCCGCGAAGGGACCAAGUUGGCCGAACGAUGGGCUGCCCUGCGUGAUCGCACCGAACGAUGGAACGUCGACUUGGACACCACCACCAACCGAGUGCAGCAAUUGCAGGCCAGCAUGGACGACGCAUCUAACCGCCUCGUCCCAGCCGAAACGGUUCGUUCCAAGUGGAUCAAUCCGAUCGAAUUGAGCCCUCAGCAAGUUCAACAACACAUGGAUCAAUUGAAGGAAUUGAGCGAUAAAAUUGCUCCAGUUCAACUGACGAUUGAGGAAGUCAACGACCAGGCGGCCCGUUUGGCCGAUUCGGGCGUCCCAUUAUCGCACGCCAACCUUUCCAGACUGGACGAUCUCAAUUCUCGGUGGAAAGUGUUACAGUCUUCGAUGGACGAUCGAUACCAACAAUUGUGCGGUGUUACGCGGGACGGUGCGCUCACUGGCCCGCUGCUGCACAGCUUCCUGGCCUCAUCGGUCGACCGGCCCUGGGAGAGAUCCGUCACUGAAGCCGACGUUCCCUAUUACGUCAAUCACCAAACGGAGACGACUCAUUGGGACCAUCCUCAGCUGGAAGAGCUGAUGAAUUCAUUGUCCGAGUUCAACGACGUCCGCUUCUCAGCUUACCGGAUGGCCCUCAAGUUGCGUCGCGUCCAAAAGUUCCUAUGCCUGGAUAAACUCGAACUGAACACAGCCAUCGACACUUUCGACGCGCACGGUCUCCGAGCACAAAACGACAAGGUGAUCGACAUCCCAGAUAUGGUGACUGUCCUCCGUUCGCUGUACGAAGUUGUUGUCGCAACAUAUCCCGGCGAGAUCCGCCUACCGCUCGUUAUUGACUUGUGUCUCAACUGGAUCCUCAACGUCUACGAUAGUCAAAGGUCUGGCGAAGUUCGAGUGCUCUCAUUCAAAGUUGUCAUCACUCUGAUGUGUCGCGGCCAUUUGGAGGACAAAUACCGAUAUUUGUUCCGACUAAUUGCCGAUCCCAAUCGAUUAGUUGAUGCACCAAAACUGGGCGUCCUUCUGCACGAUUGCGUUCAGAUGCCACGUGAACUGGGCGAAGUGGCCGCAUUUGGCGGAUCUAACAUUGAACCUUCGGUCAAGUGUUGCUUUGAGAAAGCCGGUAAACAACGACAGUCCAUUGAGGCCGUCCACUUCUUAGCCUGGAUGAAGCGAGAACCGCAGAGCGUCGUUUGGCUCCCGGUGCUUCAUCGUUUGGCUGCAUCAGAAUCGGCCCGUCACCAAUCAAAGUGCAACGUUUGCAAAGCAACCCCGAUCGUUGGCUUGAGGUACCGUUGCCUCAAAUGUUUGAGUUUCGACAUGUGCCAGAACUGCUUUUUCACGGGGAGAGUUUCCAAACAUCACAAGUUGACGCACCCCAUGCAGGAGUAUUGCACGACGACAACGUCGGGAGAAGAUUUGAAAGAUUUCACUCGAACCUUGCGCAAUAAAUUCAAAUCGAAACGCUACUUCAAAAAACAUCCCCGUCUAGGUUAUCUGCCCGUUCAGACUGCUUUGGAAGGAACCACAACUCCGUCCGAUGCUCAGUCAGAAGUCUCUUCCCAGAUGCCAUCCAGCGUAGCGCAAGAUGUCCUUGUCCAUUCGGCAGCCAAUUCUGUCGUAGAUGGCAUCCAUAAAGAUUUCACGCCAGAGUCGGAGGAUGAACAUCAGCUAAUUGCUCAGUACUGUCGAUCUCUGAACGGAGACGCGCUUGGCAUGUCGAUGGGGGUAGUUCCGAGGAGCCCGGUACAAUUAUUAGCCGCUCUAGACUCAAAUCACAAAGAAGAGAUUGAAACGAUGAUUCGCGAACUGGAAGAGGAAAACGCCACUCUUCAAGCUGAAUACGAACGACUGCGUUCGCAACAGUCACCUUCAAUGUCUUUCUCGUUCUCUUCCUCGCCGGACGAUGCCACGCCCAUCCCGCAUCAAGCUGGAGCCUCGUCGUCUGGUAAUCACACUUCAGAGGUUGAGAGAGACAUGCUGGCCGAAGCCCGUUUAUUGAGGCAGCACAAAACUCGACUGGAGGCCCGGAUGAAAAUACUAGAAGAGCACAAUCGCCAACUUGAAACCCAACUAAGCCGGUUGCGGCAAUUACUAGAUGAACCUGGAGGAAAUAGCAGAGACAACUCGUCACCUGCCAAAACAGGGACGUUGCAAACGCGGGCGGUAACGGCUGCACACCUCGCAACGGAUACGCCCGUACGGACCAAUGGUCACGAAAAAAAUCAUACUUGGGCAGAACAUAGUGUAACCGAUCGAUUAGAAACCAGACCUCCUCCUCCACCUCACGGCAACUCCACUAAUUCAAACACGUACAAUUCGCAGAAUGUAGGCAACCUUCUUUUCAUGGCAGGUGACUUGGGGAAAGCCGUUGGCUCACUGGUGAACGUAAUGACGGACGACCAGUCUCCAGGAUUGACAGACGAAGAGGAUUGAAACCACAAUAGGAAUUGUUACCGUGUUGGAAUGUCAUGUAGAAAGUUAUUGUUGCUGUUCAUGAAUUAACAGAGAAAAGAAGCAAAAACAAAAGAAAAUUGGAAACAUGCUGCUUAUGUAAAGGGCUGUUCUUCCAUUAUGUUUUAUAUCAUGUUACCGGUUUUAAAACCUCCUGCCCUAUUCGCGUCAUUCAUACGUUGAAUGAUCUAACGUCAAUUCUUUCUCUUUUGUCAAAUUUUUGUUUUCUUCACUUUGCCAAUGUUUUGGGAGUAGAAGUUUGACAGCCAGCCCUGUUCUGUUUCUGUAGAUUUACUAGUUAACAUCCUGUUUAACAUAUCAUGUAGUUUUCAUACAACCACAACAAUUAUUGGGGGCAUCUCUUCCUCUAUGGCACACUGAAUAAAACCAACAGUUCCCUGUUUUACAUGGAA